CUUGAGGCACUUGGUUCCCUCUGCUCUCGUAGCUCUGGCGGAGUCUGCGCGAUGGGAGACCCGGAAAGGCCGGAAGCGGCCAGGCCCGAGCAGGAGGAGAGGUUAUCUUCAGAUACCAACGAAAAUGAAGCAAAGUCAAAUGAAGAGCCACUCCUAAGAAGGAGUUCUCGCCGAUUUGUCAUCUUUCCAAUCCAGUACCCUGACAUUUGGAAAAUGUAUAAACAGGCACAGGCAUCCUUCUGGACAGCAGAAGAGGUUGAUUUAUCAAAGGAUCUCCCUCACUGGAACAAGCUUAAAUCAGAAGAGAAGUAUUUUAUCUCUCACAUCUUAGCCUUUUUUGCAGCCAGUGACGGAAUUGUGAAUGAAAAUUUGGUGGAGCGCUUUAGUCAGGAGGUGCAGGUUCCAGAGGCUCGCUGUUUCUAUGGCUUUCAAAUUCUCAUCGAAAAUGUUCACUCAGAGAUGUACAGUUUGCUAAUAGACACUUACAUCAGAGAUCCUAAGAAAAGGGAAUUUUUAUUUAAUGCAAUUGAAACAAUGCCAUAUGUUAAGAAAAAAGCAGAUUGGGCCUUGCGAUGGAUAGCAGAUAGAAAAUCUACUUUUGGGGAAAGGGUGGUGGCCUUUGCUGCUGUAGAAGGAAUUUUCUUCUCGGGAUCUUUUGCUGCUAUAUUCUGGCUAAAGAAAAGAGGACUUAUGCCUGGACUUACUUUUUCCAAUGAACUCAUCAGCAGAGAUGAAGGGCUUCACUGUGACUUUGCUUGCCUGAUGUUUCAAUACUUAGUAAAUAAGCCUUCAGAAGAAAGGGUUAGGGAGAUCAUUGUUAAUGCUGUUGAAAUUGAGCAGGAGUUUUUAACAGAAGCCUUGCCAGUUGGCCUCAUCGGAAUGAAUUGUGUUUUGAUGAAACAGUAUAUUGAAUUUGUAGCUGACAGAUUGCUUUCAGAACUUGGAUUCUCAAAGGUUUUUCAAGCAGAAAAUCCCUUUGAUUUUAUGGAAAACAUUUCUUUAGAGGGGAAAACAAAUUUCUUUGAGAAACGAGUUUCAGAGUAUCAGCGUUUUGCAGUUAUGGCGGAAACUACAGAUAAUGUCUUCACCUUAGAUGCAGAUUUUUAA